GACUUUCCUAGGAGAACAGGUUGGCACAGAAGAGAAUUCAGUUAUUCAUAACACUUCGUAAGACUUCUGUCUCUGCAAAACUGAAAUAAAGAUGCGCGCAUAUCUGGCACUGGUGGUUACGCUUACCUUACCCGGAUAUCUGGAUGCGCUUCAUGGAUUAUACGCCUUCGAUCAGCCAGAGCUCUUUCAGAAAAAGAGCAACUGCAAACCCAUACCUGCAAACCUGCUCCUGUGCCAUGACAUCGAGUACAAGGAGAUGCGUCUGCCUAACCUUCUCGGACACGAAACCAUGAACGAGGUUCUGCAGCAGGCAUCUUCCUGGACCCCUCUGGUGCAGAAACAAUGCCAUCCGGACACCAAGAAGUUUCUCUGCUCUCUGUUCGCUCCGGUGUGUCUGAAAGAUAUGGACGAGCCGAUUCAGCCGUGCAGGUCACUGUGUGAGAACGUGAAGAGCGGCUGCGCUCCAGUGAUGGCCGCUUUUGGGUUUCCUUGGCCGGACAUGUUGGACUGUGAUCGCUUCCCUCUGGAUAAUGACCUGUGCAUACCACCCGCUGCAUUAGUGCCAGUUACCAAGGAAGUUCCAAAGGUCUGUGAUGCCUGCAAAGAAAAGUCUGAGAAUGACAAUGAAAUUGUGGACAGCCUGUGCAAAAAUGACUUUGCUUUAAAGAUCAAAGUCAAGGAGAUCUCCUACAUGAAUGGCGACACAAAGAUCAUUCCAGAAACCAAGAGCAAGACUAUCUACAAGCUAAAUGGUGGCAUCACUGAGCGUGACCUUGGGAAGACAGUGCUUUGGCUGAAAGAUGGUCUUCAGUGCGUGUGCGACGAAAUGAAUGACAUCAACGCUGCUUAUCUGGUGAUGGGCCAGAAGAUGGACGGACACUUAGUCAUCACAUCACUGAAGCGCUGGCAGAAGGGUCUUAAGAGAAUUUCCCGCAGUAUUCGCAAACUUCAGUGCUAGGAUUGUCCAAUGAUCAGAGCACUCAAAGAUCUUGAAAAUGAAGACAUGAGUCACAUGAUAGAUAGAUGCAAAAGUUCAUUCAAAACCCUAAUGUCUGCUUUCCCAGUGCCAUUUUGAGAACUGGCCAUUCAGAUCUCAGGAUUGAGGGUGGUGGAGCUAUCAGAUGUAACUGUCAAAAAGUAGCAUAGAUUCAGCUCAGUUCCAACUUUUCAUUUCUACUCAUGACUUUUGGUAAAUUACUUUACCAUCCACAAUUUCCAGAGAGAUGUUUUAUAUCAUUAGUCUCAAUUUCAAUUGUUAUUAUUUUAGAAUUGGCUGAGAUAAAUGAGAUGCUGCAUUAUAUGGGCAAAGGUAUGGAAACCACGUUCUAAUUAACGAGUUUGGCUAUUCCAUUAAUUCCAGUGAAAACAAACUUUAAAGGGAUAGUUCACCCAAAAACCCUCAUGCCAUUCCACAUCCAUGUUCAUCUUUUGGGACUUUUGUUUAUCUUCGAACCACAAAUGGUAUUUGUUCAUGAAACCUGAGAGAUUGCUGUCCUCCAUUGAAAGUCUAGUCAACCAAAAUGUUGAUGCUUUAAAAAAUUGUAAGGUAGUCCAAAUGAAUCGAGUGGCAUAAUCCAGGUCGUCUGAAGAGGCAUGCUCGCUUUAAAUGAUGAACAGAUUUAAUUUGGGCUUUUAUUCACAUAUAAAAGUUGAUCAAUGCAUAGAACUCAACAAAUAUGCUAAACUUGGGGCUUAACAGUACUUGCUUGUCGCGCAAGAACAAACAUUGCUGGUUCUUGCAGGAAGCUUGAACGUGCUUCCGUGAUACACAAAAUAAACUUAAUUGAUUCUCGCUUAUCAAGAAAGCAUGUUUGAGCUUCCGUUUUCUAGAAUUGAUUUGCUAUGUCUGUGUGUUGAUCUCUGUUCAUCAUAUCAUGUCUCGCCUAUAUGGAUUAAAUUGACUUACCCUAACUAUCCCAGUAAUGUUACCCAAUAUAAUGGAACUCCAGACGAUUCUGUUCUUCCAGCUUUGGUUAAGCAGUUUGGGCAGGGUCUUUAUCUGUUUCUAAAUGACAAUACCCUUUUGCACAAAGCAAUUUCCGUAUUGAUUUAUUGACUCGGAUAUGUAGGAAUUUGACCAGCCAGCUCAAAAGACAUGAACCAAUAUUAUGAUAACCUUCGUUGCAACAAAGUUAAAAUCCAUAGAAUGCCAUUGUAUGCCAUUGCAAUAAUUGUCCUCACGGAAAUUACUGGAAUAACCAGACCCAUUAAUUAGAAAGCGUUGAUCAUAUAUUUUGGAAAAUAUGUAGUUUAUGUGAGAUGUUAAAAAGGUAGGUGUGAAAAUUUGAAUGCCAUAAGAUGAUGAAGAUGAUGUUUCCUUCUGUCAAACAUGGUUACGGCACUCUUUUUUAGCAUGGAAUCUACCAACAGUUAGGUUUCCUAUUAGUACUUUUAUGAGCACAAUGAGAUAGCUGGCUCUAUUCUCAAUGUUUAAAAAAUCCCAUGUGACGCUAGUCUCUGAAGCACAAUCAUGUAUGUUAAUGUGAAUGUUUUCAUUUCUCCCCAGACUGUUAUGAGAAGGCCACAAAUGCAUAAUUUGUUUAGCCCAGUGUUUUUGUCUCCAUACUUGAGCCUAAAUACUGCACUUUUUCUAUGUUACGCCUUUUGAAUUUCAAUCAGCAAUUUUAUAUACACAAUAUUGGUUUAUUUCUUUUCUGUGUCAGUUAUAUUAAUAAUGUUGUAAUGUAUGGGUCUGUUUCUUGUUAUGCUCACAAAGUUGUUUGCUGUUUUGUUUUGGCUUAUGAAUGCCGAGUAUUAGAGUAAAGUCACAUGUUUGUAAAACCACAGAGCUGUUUUUCUCUCGGUCUCAGUGCUCAUUUAGAGCAAUGAUUCAAUUGUACUUUAUGUACAGACGUUGGUGAAAGAAGUGAAAUCGUCUCAUGGUAAUGUCCAAACUUUUGUCAUACUCUGUAAAUAUACAGGUUUUUAUGUGUGUACAUAUUUUCAACACCUGUAGCAUUUUAUUUGAUGUCACAGUCUCAAUAUGUCAAUUCAUUAGUGUUAAGUGCAUUUAUUAACACCCACCGUCAUGUAAUGUAAUUUAAUCAUUGGUGAUUUGUAUCAUUUUUUUCUUCUGCCGUCACUCAAUACAAAAUAAGAGCAAAUACAUUUAAGAAAAGAAAAUCA